AUGGAGAAGCUGCUCACAUCACUCAGCCUGGAAGAGGACGAAGAUGACGGCGCCUAUGAAUCUAUGGUUGAUAUCGACGGCGAUCAAGGCCUCGACGACGAGUUUCUUGGAGACGAUGAUGACGAUCUGGACGUAGAAGAUGACUAUGGUACCUCCAACACUGAUGUUGAGCUGACCUUGCCCACCGAGAAACCUCCUCCAUACUAUCCAGGCAUCACAACCUGCAUUGUUUGUCAAGACAAACCGGCGUACAAUAAGAAUGGAAAGAGCUACCCGACGUGUGGUCUGAAAUGUGCUGCUAUACUGCAAGAGGCACUGGGCAGCAUUGGUAGCACUGCAAGCACAUCUGGUAACGCGGUCGCUGGUCCAUCGACACCGCGAGCCUCAGCGAUCCGUACCCCACAGAGGGCAGUGUCCGCUUUUCCCGCCUCUGUUGCGUCUAUUGGGACCUCGUCGUCGCCAACGACUGCAAACUCCGCGGCAAGAGUAAAACUUCCUCAGCAUUACCCUUCCUUGCCCCAUAUGAGAUCCCCACAGACAUCUGUGACCACUGAUCCCAACAUUAAACUUCUAUCUCAGCACCUAGGCGGCCAGCCUCUGAGUCCUCGUCGGGGACGGGGCAAUAUGUCUAACCACUACUUCCCUGUGACAAGAGCUAACACUACCACGGCCAGCUCUAUAGGCUCUAGUAGCGGCACAAUGACCGUCGUUCAGGACCCUUUUACUCCACCGCGAGCACCUGUGGUUAAAUGCGUGAUCUGCCUUGUGAAGCCGUGCCGGGACAGUAAAUACGUCACAUGCGGAUUGACCUGCGCCGAAAAACUCUGUAGAAAUGGGUCAAACCCCAAUAACUGCGACUAUUGCCAUCGUCGUCCAAAGGUGCCUGGGCAUAACCAGUGCGGGGACAACUGCCGCAACAGUGCCAAGGUCGCGUGUUUGUUGUGCAAGAGCCGUCCAAAGUAUAAGAGUUACCACCUUUGCGGGAAGACGUGUAAGCAGAUUGCGGUCAAGGUCACACCUCUUAUUCUAGAAGCCCCCCCUGGCCAUGCAACGUUUGACAUGGUGGAGAAGAAGUUCAAAAGUUCAUGGAAAGCACAGGGGUCACCAAUGCCUACUGUUAAAAAGAUCUAUAAAAUUAUCGAGGACAAGAACUUCUUAUUGCCGUACGAUCGAUACAAGAAAACCAUAGGAAACGAAGUCUUUCGUUAUCAUGGAACGACGAAGAAAUGUACUCUCGGAGAUGCCGGCAACACUAAGCUCCUCGCUAAUCCCUCAGGAGCAUUCGGCGCAGGUGUUUACUCGUCAUCCGCUUCGAACAAAGCGUUUAGCUACACUUCCAAUGGAACAGGGGCAAUUCUGCUCUCAAAGGUCGUUCUCGGAAAUGUUAGAACCGUUAAUCAAUGGAACGAGGUUAUGUCCUGCCCUCCAGGGUUCAACUCAGUUGUGUUUGAUCGUCAGAAUGGAACGCUGAAUGAGACCAUCGUAUACACGGACGACGCCAUUCGUCCAGUUUUCCUUUUGAUCUUCUAG